AAGAAAAAGUACAAAACUGUAUCAGCAACAUGUCUUAUUAAACUAGCCAUAGAGAUUCUCAUAGUAUGCUGGUCUACAGCUAGUAAAACAAUCACUAUAGUUAGGUUGUACUUGAUUUGUAUAACCAAAAUACAUUAUUCUAUUAAACUAUACAAUAAGUUAUAUCCAGUGUUAUCCAGUUAACAUAUUGCAAUGAGAUGAGUGACAUGCCUGAAAUUUCUGUAAUUUAACCUAAUUUGUGGUCUGAAGAUGGACAAACUUCUUAUGAAUGUGGAACGUCCAUUUUCGGACUACAAAUUAAGAUAUUUUUGAUAAAAUCUGAGGGUAUUUGAUGCACACAUAGGAAACAACACCAUUGCACCCUUUGACAUCCAGAAAGGUAGUUAAAAACAUGGUUAAAAUAGUCAACAUGACUACAGUGGAUGAACCUUAAUGUUAUAAAGCGAUGAGAAUACGUUUGGUGUGCUAAAACAAAAAAAAAUAAAGACUUUAUUCAGCAGUUUAAACUGUCAUACAUAGUUGACGUAGUAAACUCAGUGCAGGCUUCCUUGUUUACAUCCGAAUGCCGACUCAUUAUUGACCGAAUUUUGCCUCAGCAUCACAUACUGUACAUGUGUCAUGCUGCUCUUGGGCUCUGCUUCGGGCAAUAUUUAGUUGACAUUCGAACGUAAGCAAGGAUGCCUGCAUUAGUUCCUGAUGUAUGGAAAUGGUUCAAAUUGGUUAAUGAAGUUGUUAUUUUUGUUUUGUUAUAUUGCACAAAAAGUACUCUGGUCUCUUCAUAAUAUUAAGGUUGAACCACUGUAGUCACAUGAUUUUGCUGCCUAUGUGUGGAUCAUAUACCUUUAGAUUUCAUCAAAAAAAUAAAAAUUUCUGUUCUGAAGAUGAACGAAUGUCUUACAGGUAGAACUAGUCAGUAUUAGGGGGCAUAACAACAAACUCUUGACAAUAUUUUCGAAGACGGUGACUUGUCAACAUACUAGAUGCCUACUCUAAAGGAUUGCUACACAUGCAGGGAAAAGAUUGGAGUAGCCAGCAAAACAUGUCCAUACUGUAGGGCCAAACAGCCAUAUAAGCAAAUGCUUGAGAAAAAAAAGAAACAGCUUUCCCAGGAAUGGAUAGACUGCAGUGUGAACAAAAUUUAUGAUUCAACAAAUCUUCUGCUCCACAAGUGGGAACUUUUAGAGAGGUACCCAGUCCUUCUCCUUGCCAGGAGAACCUCAAAUGGUUUCUCUGCUGAAUGCUUCUGCCCAUGGAAGAAUGAGACCGAAGACACUCAGGACGCUUUUCUUACUAUAAAGAGAUUAUACGAAAGUCUUCUUAAUGUGGCUAUUGCAGAUAAAGAAGUAAACGGCAUGGGAGAAAGUUCUGUCACAAAUGGCACAGAGACUCCACCAGCAAACUCCACACCUCUGUCCACCUGUAAUGUGGCUAUUGCAGAUAAAGAAGUAUCCGGCAUGGGAGAAAGUUCUGUCACAAUCACAAAUGGCACAGAGACUCCACCAGCAGACUCCACACCUCUGUCCACCUGUAAUGUGGCAAACGCAGAUAAAGCAGCAAGCAGCAUGGUAGAGAGUUCUGCAACAAACAGCACACAGACUCCACCAGCAGACUCCACAGCAGACUCUGAUUCAGAGCUUACGCAUGAGCCUGUCACUUUUUUCCUUCCUCCUGAAUCUUCCUUUUUGGCUUCUCCUGAUUCCUUUACCACCCCCUCUCCUAUGCCUUUAUCCAUCGCUCCUCUGGUGUCCCCCCAGACUCAUCCUGUUUUCAAGUCCUCUCAGUCUAGUUCUGUAUCUUCUUCCCCGGCUUCUCCUCUGCCACCAACCUCUACCCUUUCUACCUGUUCUAAACUGUCCACUGAGCUAGGCAGUCUAAGCCCAGUAUCUUCCUCACGGAAAAAAGGACAAAUAAAGAGGAAAGCAGACCCUAAAGAAUGCCCCAUGCAUGAAGAAUCAACCAGUUUCCCCUACAAAAAAAUAUUAAGGAAAAGAAUCAGGGAGGGCCAUACGGAGGUGUUGGUUCAGUGGCAUCCUUGCUCUGGAUGUGGGAAAAAGUGGAAGAACUCCUGGGAGCCAAGUGGAAACAUUCAGAGUUUAUCCUGAAGAUGUGUGUGUGUUUGUUGUGUGAAGAUGUGUCAUGCCUUUUAUGACAGUUACAGAGUUCUGAUAUACAGUAUGUUUGUUUUGUUUUGUUUUGUUUUGUGCUUGCUUUGUAAAGCAUAUAGUCAUUCUGUGUUGUGUGUUUGAUGACUAAACAACAUUAAAAACAAUAUGUCACUGGC